UCCGUGGAGAAGAUCGUUACCCAAUCCACCGGUCGAGCCUGAUUAGGGCCCCACUCCUAGUAUACAUACAGCCACAUUGUAAUACUUCUAUUCCAUUUCAAUAUUGUAGAUUCCUCCCAGAAUUCCGAUGAUAUUCCCAAACCUAGCGGUUGCAAGUGCCAACAAAACGACCUGAGUAAAUUGCACGGCGAAGAAGCAACGGGAUGGAUGCCUGGGCGCGUGAACGAAACACGUGGACCUCUGUCCAACUGCAGCUUAGCUGACGUCAAGAAUAGGUCUGGUGUCGUCAUAUUGAGUACAACCAACCUUGGCUUCAUGGAUAUGACUCUCAACAUGCUGGAAAGUAUCAAACGAACAAAAGUCUGUGUGAAUACUACCGUCAUUGCAGAAGACCAGAAAUGUUACCGGUAUCUGAGCGAGAGAGCCAAGGGUGACCCAGCAGUGCAUGUGGUGUUGACUAACUCAGGAGAAUCACAGAGCCGGGAAAUCAAGCGGAGCGAUCGCCGCUCGUACUAUGCACUCUUCAAUAAGCGUCAAGAGUAUGUUCUGUCUUUACUGGAGCAAGGCUUGGAAGUUUUGUUCACUGACGCCGACUCGUUUUGGUUCCGAGAUCCCUUUCCUUACUUCCGGGGAGACUUUGACAUGUCUAUGAUCGAUCCGAGAUCUCCUUAUCCAAACCGAACUGAAAAAACGUGGUACUGUGCCGGGUUUGUUUAUUUCAAGCCAACAAACGUGACAAUCCUGUUCGUGAACACUUGGAUUAAUGCCAUGAAACACAAUGCUAAAAUAGGAAGACUAUUGGCGGAUCAGAACCAGAUGAACUUUCUUCUUCGAGUGGAUCAACCUGUUCAUGUCAACGUUCAACCGCUCGACACCAACAUUUUCCCCUGGGGGCCAAAGUUUUACGAACUCUUGGCAAAGAAGGCCAAUUACUCUACUGUGGUAAUGCACGCCGCCAGUAUCCGUGGACAUGCUGCUAAGGUCAAGAAAUUUAAAAGUUCGAACAUGUGGUUAGUAGACACAUUUGAAGUGUCUCAUAAGAACACGGUCUCAAGUUUUCAUGGUGUUUCUUUACUUUUGAUUUUGAUUUUAGCUUUAGCUGUUGGAUGUUGUUGUUGCUUUUGUUGUCUUUAUUGGUGCUGUUUUCCUGACCACCCAGAAUCCGACUAGUCUAUGUUAAAUAUUAUAUUUGAGCAGAUUCGCUGAUGAAUAAUGCAAGACAGCCGCAUCUUGACCUCUAUAUUUUGACCAAUCAGCGGGCGCUUUCUUUGUCGGGUCUUUGGUCAUUCACUCGUUGUCGUGUCUAGACAUGGAUAAAAAAAACCGCUAGACACAGCAGCAAAGGCUGUGUGUUGUUAGUCUUGUUCCCAGACCUGACAAUUAUUCCCGACGCUCACGUCUAAAUUGUAGGUCAGGCAGCCUCUGUGGCUAAAAAUAAACAUGACGACAUUGAUGACCCUUUUUAAAAUCUCGGCUUCGUUUCAGCUUUCGCUUUAUCACUUAUAGCUUUUAAUGUUCUGAAC